UCCAACCCGUUCUCUGGCAGAACCGGCUCUCCGAGUCCGAGGACAGCACCAGGACUCGGCCCGGAGGCACAGAGCCGUCCCGCCGCGGUACAUUCACCUGGACCCGGCCGGGCACGUACGAGGAGCGCCCGAUGUCCAACUCCUCGCCCCUGACCCGUAAACACGCCCCCGGCUACUCCCCGCAGGUGUUCCGCCAUGCUCGCGCGCCCUACGACUCGGACCCAUUCCUGCCUCCGAGCGACACGACGUGGCCGCCGCCGGGCGCCAAGAUGCGUAUCUCGAAAGGCGCGGUGGUGGUGAGAGGGGUCCGACGGCAGUCGACUCCUCACGCGGCCAGUCUGGAGAGCCUGGAGGCGGCGUGGAGCCAGAGGGAGCCAAUCGAGCCCGACCUCCGGAGCCCUGAGGCGAGGAAACCCGCAGCAGCUGUCAGGAACGGGAUUGACGGACCCGGGGGAGGGCCAGCCCGUAGCCGGAGGAGCAGGUUCCGAGCCCCCGAUGUGAGGACCAUCUUCUCCCCCGGAGAGAAGGACCCCAGGGUGAACGAGGAAUCCGGGGAGGGGCACACCUUCGAGGCUGGAGGCGAGAACACCUGGUGCGAUGCGUGCUGCAUGUACAUCUUCCAGGAUGGUCUCACCUGUGCAGGCUGCAAGUAUGCGUGUCACGCCGCAUGUCGGGACAAAGUGUCGCUCGACUGUCAUCCUACAGCGUCGCCCAUCAGCCAAGAUCAGCUGAACAACAACACACCACUCUGUGAUGUGGAGAAGAAGCGCCACUUGCGGACGGAGUUCAGCCAGGAGGAAAUCCAGCAGAAGAUUGGGAAGUACAACUCGAUGACCAAAGAUCACCUCAAGAUGACGCUGAAUCCCACUGGUGUGUACACUGGUUUCAUCAAAGUCACGAUGGAUUUGCGGAGGCCGGUGACGGUGCGAGGGGGUCAGAAAGGUCCAGGAGUAGCCGUGAUGCAGGAGGCCUUCUAUCUGCCCCGCGGAGUCAUCAACACCCUCCACAUUAGCUCGGAGAACACUGUCAAACAGGUGAUCGUCGCCCUGUUGAACAAGUUUACCGUAGCAGACAACCCGGCGAAGUACGCCCUGUACAAGCGCUACCGCCGAGAGGAGCAGGUGUACGUGUGCAAGCUGGCAGAUGGCGAGAAGCCGUUGUUUCUGCGUCUGUUGGCGGGACCCAACUCAGACGUUCUCAGCUUCGUUCUGAGGGAGCAGCAGACCGGAGAAGUGAUGUGGGACGCCUUCUCCAUCCCAGAGCUGUGCAACUUCCUGAAAAUACUCGACAAAGAGGAGGAGGAGCAGAAGGAGGCGAUAGUUCGUCGUUACGGAGCGUACAGACAGAGACUCGAGGAGGCUCUGAGGGAGGUUAGAGGACCUUAGAGGAUUGAGUUUUUGUGAAACAGGACCGCUGCUCCUCACAGAGACACACGAGGUGCUUUUACUCCACUCUGUCCUCCUCGUUGGAGAAAUGUGAUUUAUUUUUUUUGGGUGGAGGGAGGAUGUAAAGCAGAGGAGGAACGGAGGAUGGAGAAGAGGACAAGAAAAAGUGAUGAGGACUCAUGAAGGACAGAUAACAGAAUGAAUGGACAGGAUUGUUAAACCGCCUGCAGACACCAAAGAUUCAUCAGCUGUGCCAUAUUCAGUCAUUCAUUCAUCUGAUAUUUUCAUCCAUCCAUCCUUCUCUUCUUUCUUUUCUGCAGUCACAUCUGAUUCCUCUUUCAUGUUUUAAUCUAGUCAAAUUGCCAUAUUUUGUUUUGUUUUUUAAUUCAAUCCUUUUUUCUUUUAACAGUUUGUACAUAUUUUUUCCUAAUUUAUAUGGGUGAAGCUUUAUAUAAUUUUUGUCUUUUUUUCAGAAGUCUUAUUUUACUAUAAAAUAAACUGUUUUUGACACAGAGAAUAUGCUGUGAAAACCUUUAAUCGAGGCAUUGAUACAGACAACAAGACGAUGUGCGGGUUCUUGCUGGUUUUUAUCAGAUUUUGCAGAAUAAAAAAUGAGUCAGAAAAUUUAAUUUCAAUUUAUAAUUUCAGUUACAGAAGUUGACAAAGUUUUAUAGUUGAUUCAUUUCUCUUUAAUAACUGGAAAGCUGUGGAAUAUUUAUGGUUUAAGGGGAUUAAUUAACAUGUAUGGAGUACCAAAUGUGCCAAAUUUAUUUUAUUUUUCCUUGUAAUCAGAACGCUUAUUUGUUCUAAAUGUCUGCAACUUUAUUAGCAUAAACUAUAAGAUAUUUUUAAUUAAGAUAAAGAUCCUGAUGCAUUAAAAACUAGGGGCUUUAAAUAAAUAGUAUUUUUAUUACAUGUUUUCAUUUUGGUCAUUUGUAUAAUUUUUUUUAAUUAUUUAUAAAAAUUGUAAUUUCUUAUAUAAUAUUUUUAUCAUAUCUUGUUUUCAUUACUGAAAGAUCAUUGGCUUUUUUUCCAUCCACCAUCUCAGUAACAGUUUGUCUACGUUUUCGUAUGUAUGGAUUAUAGAACUAUAUUUAGAAUAAUUGUCAUUUAUGUUUUAAUGUGUUCGUUGACAUCUUAGCGGCAUAUUAGUUUUGGCACAUUUCUGACUCCAUAAAUGUCAGUUUGAAGUUUAAUCAAAGUGAAAAAGGUACAAAAACAUCACAUUUUGGUUUAAAUGUGUCUUAAAACCCAGAUUUUAAAUGUGGAUACUGGCACGUGGUGAGCAAGGUUGAUGUGCAAAGAUGGUCAGAGCACCAAGAGUUAGUUUUAAGUGGUUGGAUGGAAGGUGUUGACGUGGUUUUAGUAAGCGUGACCCAGAGGAAGGAGGUGUUACUGGUUUUCUGGAAGUCCUCAGAGCGAUUUAGAGGAGGAACAUUAGAUCUAAGAAAGACAAAAAGCAGAAUAAAUGUUGUCAUUGUGGCCUUGAGGAUGGGAUCCUACACUCAUGGAGGCUCCUUUAGUUUUUAUCUGAGAGGACAGGAGGUCUGUGAGUUCAGAUAGCUGCUGAGAACAGUGAGCAAAAGUGGCUGCAUUGUCCUGCUUGCUGUUUAGUCUGCUCUGUCUGAAGCGCACAUUGUCUGAACCCUUAUCUGGGUUUCUGCUGCAUGAAAGGAGAUGUUCCAGAGGAAGUGCAAAGGAAGAUUUCAGCUAGUGAACAAGAAGGUGCAAAAGUUCAGUUUUUGUGCAGCUGGAUGUGGCUGCAACUAAAUACACAAAUAUAUGCAUUUCACUACAUAUGUUGUUGUUUACUUUGUAAAGAAUGUUGCUUUAUAGUAAAAAAAAAUCUGCCUUUUGGGCAUUUUGUCAGCAUAUAAUUAGAUAUUCGAGAAAACCGCUGUGAUUCUGUCAAAGUGAAGAGUAGGACAAUCAUUUAGGAAUAAACCAAACUGUUGGAUAUUUGAGAGUUAAUGAGAAUGUUGUUUGUGCUGCUGCUGCUGAAUGAUGAUGAACUGAUGGUGGUGCAGUACGGCUGUCCAAUGUCGCCCUCUAGUGGUCUAAAAUAGCAACUACUUUCUCUGUGUCAAACGUGCAUCGUUUCUGAUCUUUUUGUUUGCUAAAACCAAAGAUAUUUUUGUUUUGUUGCCUGGAGCAAAAUGAAACGAGAAGCCUCUUCCCGAAUGGAGGAUAAAUACAUGUUUAGAGUUUUAUUCAACCUGGAUUUAUUCUAUCAAACACUGGGUUCGUUUUAUGGGAGCAAAACUUGCAAUGAUUUGACUCCCAACAAGCAGCUGAAUGGAAAUGGCUAAUGAUGAAGCCAUGUUGUUGUUGUUGUUGUUUGUGGAUUUUAUAAACAACUGAAGGCUGCUUGUGUCAACGUGGGGAUUUUGGGGGCACUUUAAGGAAGAUGGCAGGAUUUAGAUUUUAAUUUUUCUGCUCUACUGUCAUGCUGUACUUUAUUUUUGUUUACACAAUGAUCUGAUUUACCGAGCCUCGCGUUUAGCUUCACGCUGUUCUGGUGUCGCUAACGUGAGUGACGGAGCGUUUUUAUUUCCUUUUUUGUUCAAAUGUAUCUGUGAAAUGUUUGUCUGUUUCUGGAACACGCCGACUUCUGGGCAGUUCAGCUUAAAGUAAAGAAAAUCAGAUGUUUGGAAAA